AUGAAUGAAACGGAUGGAAUCAAUAGACUUGCUACUCAAUUUCCCGUAAGAGAUGAAGAAGCCGCUGUGGAAAGAGAGAAAAUUCUCCGUCAAAAGGACAAUUCAAAAACAAAAGACUUAGCACAAAACAUUUUUCCCCCACCACUUAUGGCUGAAUCCUUCGCCUUUAACAUUGCUGAAAAUCUCCUUUCCAAACUAACCAAUAUUGCCUAUCAAGAAAUUCGCUUCGCUUGGGCUGUUCAGAGUGACCUUGAGAAGCUUAAGACAACUUUAACUACUAUCAAAGCUGUGCUUUUAGAUGCUGAAGAAAAACAGGCUCAUAAGAAUCAGCUGCAGAAGGCCUUCCGAGAUUGUUUGGAUGGGAAAAAGUAUUUACUCAUUUUAGACGAUGUACGGACCGAUAAUCCUAUGAAGUGGAAUGAAUUGAAACAGCUGUUAGUGGAAGGAGGUACCGGAAGCAAAAUUGUAGUCACCACUCGUAAUAACCAAAUUGCUGAGAUGAUGGGCACAAUCCCAGCACACAAUUUGCAAGGUCUUGAUGAGAAGCAAGCUUUGUCAGUGUUUCUCCAAUUUGCAUUCAAGAAAGGGGAAGUGAAUCUAUCUCCAAACCUAGUGAAAAUUGGGGAAGAGAUAAUCAAAAAAUGCAAUGGAGUUCCUUUGGUUUUGAAGACACUUGGGAGUCUGCUUCUCUUCAAAACUUCAGAGCAUGAUUGGGAACUUGUGAGAGACAGUGAGAUGUGGAAAUUAGUGGAAAAGGAAAAUAACAUUUUUCCUGUUUUGAAAUUGAGUUAUGAUGAAUUGCCUCCCCGUCUUAAACAAUGUUUUGCAUUACUUUCAGUCUUUCCAAAGGAUAUAUAUUUGAUAGUUGGGAGGUGA